AUGAAAUUGUCAAUUCUUCUGACCCUACAGACUCUCUGUCUGCUGGCAUGCGCCGACCAGCCGGCGCAAACGCCCGCCCAGGCUCUCCCUGCGCGCAGUCUCAGUCUCAUUAUCCCAGACCCAACACCACCACCCAGCAGCGCACCAACAUGGACGACGCUCAUCAAACAGAAGCGAGCGGAUUCCACGGAAGAUUCUGGCGACUCCACGGACGAUUCCAACACAGCAACGGAGACGACUGACGCUGCGACGACCGCUGAAACGAGCGCUGAGACGACUGCGGAGAGCACAUCUGAGACAAGUUCGGAGACUUCUUCAGAGACAACCUCCAGCGAGACGACUUCUUCGGAGACCACUUCGUCAGAGACCAGCACAACCUCUUCGGAGACGACCAGCUCGACCAGCUCGACCAGCUCUUCCAGCAGCAGCUCUAGCACAUCCAGCACAUCGACAACAUCCACCAGCAGCAGCACGACCAGCACCUCCACCGCAACCAGCACAGCUUCCGCCGAGACUGCUGAGCGCAACCGCGUCGGCAACAUCGCCGCGAUCGCAGUCUUCAGCUCUCUUGGCGGAAUCAUCGCGAUCGUCUUUAUCGCGCUCGCUCUUCGUAAGCGCAUCAUGCGCCGUCGCAGGGAGGAGAAGAAGGCAUUGUUGCAGGCUGGAUCAUCGGCAUACUCGAUGGUUCCGGUGUCAGAUGAAGCAGCGGCGUCGAACGGGGAAGUCAAGUUUGAUCGGUUGUCGAUGAUGUUCGCUGCGAACGACCCAAAACCACAGGACGCGGCUGGGGCUGGGGCGGGGGUCCAGGUCAAUGCGACGCCGUUGUUGACGCCACAGCAGGCGGCUCAGCAGGGGUACCCGCAGGCAUACCCUCAGUACCCACAGGGAUAUCCUCACCAGAUAUAA